AUGCAGAGAAGCCUCUCCAAGCAAUUUUCAUCUGUUAUUACUAAUAAAAAUGACCAAGAGAUUGUGUAUUUUCUUAGCUCCUCAGGGAAUGUAGUAGCUUGCAAUUUGACAUGCAAGUGCUUCUCUGAGUACCCCAGGUUGUUGCCUGUUUACAAUGAGUAUUCCAUUGAUGUUGUGGAGUGCAAUGGGGAGAUGCUAGUUGUUUUGCUAUCAGAAUUCUUGGAAAUCGCAACCCUUAGGGUGUGGAAAUAUGAUGAGGCUAAUAGAGGGUGGCAUCAGAUUGCAGCAAUGCCUGCAGCAAAUUCUCAUGAGUGGUAUGGGAAGAAAGCAGAUAUUAACUGUGUUGGUGUUGGUAACCAAAUCUUCAUAUGCUUGAACUCCACUGAGCUAUGCACUUAUGUUAUGUGUGAUUUGGAGACCAACAAGUGGGUUGAAUUGCCAAAUUGUUGCAUAAAUGGACAAGUCAUAGACUUUAUGUCUGCCUUUUCAUUUGAGCCUCAGAUAGAGGCUUUAGUGUGA